AUGGAUUACUCGAUGCCAACGCCUGAUAUAGCUGUCGAUAGUCAUCAACAAACGCCAAACGCAAGCCUUUUAUCUGUAGAAAGCAUAGCUGGGAAUACUCCCACAAGCUCAUUUUUAACCCCCUUGCCAACGAUUCCGUUAAGUAGGACAAGUCAUGGAAAAGAAGCAGAAGUCCUAGACUUUUCAAGUCUCGCGCUUGUGUGUCCAAUUAACAGCGACGACAUCAAAAAUCGCUGGCUUAAUUCGUAUAUCCCAUUGCCCGGACAAACCGUCAAGGAAUACUCCCCCAGCAUAAUGAAACUCGUCUCUCGCGUCCUCAAAUCGUAUGCGUCCAUGAUGGUUCGAGGGCGCGGUAUUCCCCCUUUUAUCCAUGCGUCUCAAGUUACUACGGAGUUGAUCACCCCACCUCUUUCGACAUGUCUGAGUCUAGUUCGGAUCUGCGAGCAAUCACUCCCAGGGAGCACUGAAGUUGCUGUUGAUGUCAUACAACGAGAGAUGAGCAACCUAUAUGAGAGACACGCAACAUACGACGACAUCAAUCUGCUUGCGGCUUUUCAAGCACAUCUGAUUUACUCAAUGGUACUGUUCUUUUAUCUCACCCCUGGAGGUCCAGUCCUAUUCCUGCGACAAGCCCUCAUCAACCUUCAAGAAAUUGCUUGCGCCUGUUCACGUCGAGGUCUGGUUUGUCUCUCCGAACAACAAGCGAUCCGUCCAAGAUGGGAAAAUUGGAUUGUGGCAGAAGCGAAACGACGGACACUAUAUACAAUGUACUUUUUUGACAACGUUCUUUCGGCUCAAGAUGGGUUUUCGAUCUAUCUGGGGACUGAGUUGACAGGCUUGCCCGCACCGUCAAGCAAGUCGCUGUGGCAGUCAGGUGUCCGGCAUGAGUGGGAAAAGAUCUACAAUCUUAACCUUGUAGAUUGGGCUGACAAUUUGUUUCGGAUCGAUGAGCUGUGGCCUAUUCCUCAUGAUCUCGAUGAAGAAGGUGUGAAUGAAAGGCGUAACAGAGUUGACAGAUGGUUGGAGGGAGUGGAUGAAUACGGAUCGAUACUUUAUACGGUAACAAGCUGCACUCAUGGUGGAUAA